AUAUAUAUCUCAUCUUUUUAGCUGUAUAUAUGAAGCAACCCCGCUCCUUCGUUCCCUUUCUUCGUCAUCUACCCCCAAUUUCUUGACCUAAUUUUACCUUUUCUCAUCAUUUUUUAUCAAUUCGAAAGCUCAAACGUUCGAUUCUGCCUCCACAGGUGUUGAUUGAAUUACAAAACAUAAUUAAGAUGAAUCACUGUGGGAUCCAACAGAACAGUAACUUUUCGUCGUUUGGCAACGGAGAUCAUGUGGUUUGUCCGAAGCCAAGGCGGAUUAACCUCUUCGAUACCACCAUGAAUGAGCCUGUUAUGAAUUUAAGAUGGCAGAUGUGCCAUCAGCAGGAAUCUUAUGAUUCGAGGUCAGGCCCGGAGCUCUUGGACAUCAUAUUUGCAAAGAGUGGUGGUUAUGGUGCACCGGACCAAACAUGUACACAGAUAGCUUCGUCACCCCCGUUUUUUUGUGGGUCACCGCCGAGCAGAGUUUCUAACCCGUUAAUUCAAGAUGCUCGAUUUGGGGAUGACAAGAUCUCACCAGUUUCACCGCAAUCAAUCAUUCCAAACCCGGCUUCGGGUAUGACAUCUUCAUCUCCGUCAUCAUCAUCCCGGAAAGGGGGAUACAUCCGUCACAACUAUGGUAACAAACCGGCAGUGAGGAUUGAAGGGUUUGAUUGCCUCGACAGGGAUAACCGUCGCAAUUGCAGCAUCCCUGCUUUGGCUUGAAUCAAACCCUUUUUAAGAAACAUAUUUCCUAUCAUCAAGUACAUAAAGAGCAUAAUUAAAUCAAAGCAAGUGUUAGUAAGUUUAGUAAUUUGGGCAUUCAACUUUAGCAUUGUGAAGAGGAUUUUUUUGCACAUCUUGAAGAAGAUACAUCCAUUCCAUUGUAAUUUUGCACAUCUUGAAGAAGAUACAUCCACUACUUAUUGUAAAUAGUUUUAAGUAGAGGGUAAUUUGUCUAUAUGUAAAUGUAAGUAUUUGGAGAGUUAUUAACCAAAAAUAAUGAGUAUGAUGAUGAUGAGUAUGAUGUUGAUGAUUUGUAGUAUAAACAAUCAAAGGAAGGAAAUUUUCUAAACUA